AUGAGUGUUGAUCUCAUUCCAGGCGAGAUAUCGCCUUUUACUAUAGGCGUUGCUAUCCUUAGUGGAUUCAUCGUCUUCUUUGGCUAUAUAUCCAUGUUUGUCAAAGAAAAGAUGUUCAUUUCUGAAGCAUUUGUCGCUCUUAUUGUCGGAAUCAUUGCCGGUCCACUGGUCUCCAAUGGAUUUAAUCCUUACAGCUGGAACGAUACUGAUGAAAUCACAAAACAACUUACUCGCUGUAUUCUAGCCAUUCAGGUUAUGGCAGUUGGCAUUGACUUGCCCAAGCAUUACAUGAAAAAGGAAUGGCUGACGAUGUUCAUGUUCCUAAUCCCGGUCAUGAUCUUUAUGUGGUUAGUUAGCGGUCUAUUCAUCUGGGGAUUUAUACCUCCAAUCAAUUAUUUGGAAGCAUUAGUUAUUGCUGCAUGUGUGUGCCCUACAGAUCCUAUCCUUGCAAAUUCAGUGGUCAAAGGUAGAUUUGCAGAGAAGCACGUUCCUGCACAUAUCAGAAAUGUUCUUUCUGCAGAAAGUGGUGCAAAUGAUGGAAUGGGAUUCCCUUUUCUCUUCUUGGCCAUCUUUUUACUUGACGAUGAACAGCAUGUUGGACAAGCGAUUGGAAAAUGGAUUUACCUCACCUGUCUUUACCAAAUCAUCUUAUCUUGCAUAAUUGGUAUAGUCAUCGGUUGGGUGGCACGGAAGAUUCUGCAAUGGUCAGAAAGUCGCCACCUUAUUGAUAAACCAUCUUUCUUAUGUUUCGCAAUUGCUCUUGCACUCUUUUUGAUGAGCAUGACAGGCUUCUCUGGGAGUGAUGAUCUCUUGGCUUGUUUUGUGGCUGGAAAUGCAUUCUCUUGGGAUGAUUGGUUCAGACAAGAAACCGAAGAAGCUCAUUUCCAAGAAGUCAUUGAUAUGAUGCUUAACUUGGCUGUAUUUGUUUACAUUGGAGCAAUCAUCCCAUGGUCUGAUUUCGGCAAUGCUGAGCUGGGUCUGACCCCAUGGCGACUGGUUGUCAUCGCUAUCCUGAUUCUGCUCUUCCGCCGCUUACCAAUCGUGCUUCUGCUCAAGCCAGUCAUGCCUGCCAUGAAAACCUACCGAGAGGCGAUCUUCAGCGGCUGGUUCGGCCCCAUGGGUGUCGGCGCCGUCUUCUUGUCGACAAUCGCAAAGGAAGAAAUGGAGCACAUCUACCAAGGCAAAGAAGCCCCGAUAUCUAUAGAGGUCAUCAGUCCCGUCGUGCUUUUCAUUGUUCUGUCGUCGACCCUUGUACACGGUACGACCAUCCCACUCUUCAAGCUCGGCAAACGUAUCCGAACACGAACCCUGUCUGUGACCAGCACUGGAAGU